AUGUUUGCCGCUACCUUCCUCAGGCUUCUCUCUGUUUCCUUUUUGGCUGUGACCUACGUUCUCGCAGCACAGAAUAGCUUGCAGCAGGUCACCAACUUUGGUUCCAACCCGACAAAUGUCGGCAUGUACCUCUACAGGCCCAACGGACUGGCGGCAAACCCAGCUCUGAUUGUGGCCAUCCACUACUGCACCGGCACCGCACAGGCCUACUUCUCUGGAACGCAAUACGCCAACCUCGCUGACUCGUUGAAGAGCUUCAUUGUCAUCUACCCGAACGCGCCGGACAGCGGAGGAUGCUGGGACGUGCACACCAGCGCGACGCUAACCCACAAUGCGGGAGGUGAUUCCCUUGGUAUCGCGUCGAUGAUUCGGUAUGCGAUUUCCAAUUAUGGCGUUGACCCCGCACGCGUUUUCGUCACUGGUACCUCGUCUGGUGCUAUGAUGACCAAUGUGUUGGCUGGUGCAUAUCCCGACCUGUUUGCUGCAGGAUCUGCGUGGGCUGGAGUACCGUACUCUUGCUUCUCUGGUCCUGGAAUGUGGAAUAGCGCCUGUGCGACUGGCCAGCUUACCAAGACCGCUCAACAAUGGGGAGAUCUUGUCCGAAAUGGAUAUCCUGGUUAUACUGGUCCACGUCCAAAAAUGCAGCUCUGGCACGGUACACAAGACGAAACUCUCAAUUACAACAACCAUCUCGAGGGAAUCAAACAAUGGACAAACGUCUUUGGAUACAGUUCCACACCUGUCAGCACACAAUCGAACAGCCCACUCUCCGGAUGGACGAGAAACACCUACGGUCCCAAUUUCCAGGCCAUUAGCGCCCCAACCACACACAACAUUCCCGUUCAGGCAAACGAAGUUCUCACAUGGUUCGGCCUGAUCGGCGGCACGCCAGGAACAUCAAGCACCACCGUUCCUCCCACCACCACCCAGACUUCCACAACCGUGGCGCCAACCACCACACGGGGACCUACGCAAGUGCAAUACGGCCAAUGUGGAGGGAUUGGAUGGACAGGGCCCAACGUCUGCGCGAGCCCUUUCACUUGCAGGGUCAUCAACGACUGGUAUCACCAAUGCCUCUAA